AUGGAGCCGGGCGCGAAGCGGAAGACGACGAAGCGGGAGACGUCUCCGGUUGCAGAGCGAGCGAGGGUCCUGGUCAUUGGCGCUGGCAUCUCUGGGCUGGCGGCCGCACGGGAGGUGCUUCAGUUGCCAAACGUGGAUGUUACCGUCCUGGAGGCUCGCAAGCGCCUGGGCGGGCGGGUCCACACCGACCGCUUCAGCGAUGGUACGGUGAUCGAUCUUGGAGCCCAGUGGCUGCACGGCGUUUGUCCAGAACACCCCAUUGCCCGCUUGGCGAAGGAACACCCUGAAUGGGGCGAGCUGUGGGAGAUGGAUUGGGACAGUUGUCCUGACUUUGAGCUGGGCAGCAGCCGGGAGAUCUGUCCCGAGUGGCUGCAGGAAUGUGAGGAGCACUUCGAGCACACCUGGGAAUUGUACGAGUCAAGGCGAAAAGAGCAACUGGAGGCCAAGAGCUUCGAUCAGGAGGAGAAGGACGUCUCACUGUGGGAUGCCCUGCGUGAGCUCCGCUCCACGCGACAUCUUUGGUCCGGCUUGUCGGAGCGACAGCAGCUGAUGCUGCGCUGGCGUUGGGCCCGCGAGACCGAAUGGGUUUAUGCGGCCUCCUUGGAAGCUUUAAGCUCUCGCUGGUGGGACGAUGACCAAGAGUUCGACGGUCCAGACUGCAUGUGGCCGGAGAAAGGCUUCCAGGGCUUCAUCGAUUGGCUCUCUGAAGGGGUCGACCUCCGCCUGAAUUGCCCUGUCACCGCGAUCAUCCAAGACGAGGAAGACCCCCGUGUGCUGGUGCACUGUGCUUCAGACCACCCAGAGGCGACGGUGGAGAUAGCCGAUCUGGUGAUUGUGACGCUGCCCUUGGGAGUCCUGAAGACGGGGAAGGUGGAGUUCGUCCCUCCGUUCUCUGCGCAGAAAGAGGCAUCGGUGCAAGCGGUCGGCGUGGGCUUGCUGAACAAGGUGGCCUUACACUUCCGCGAGCGCUUUUGGCCACCCGAGAUGGUGGGUUUCGAUCGAGUACCCCUCAGCAGCUUGACGGACCUCGAGCCCCACGAAUGGGUCUUCCACCCCGAGUGUGCUGGUGCACCAGUGGCCAUCGCCUUUUUUUGCUGGGAGACAGCAAGGCAGAUGGAGGAGCUGAGCGACAAGGAGCUCACAGACCGGCUCUUGAGGAUCCUCUCCGAAACCUUCGACCAAGCACUGCCAGAGCUUGAGGCUUCGUUGGUGGAUGUGAAGCGAAGCGGCUGGCAGGGGGACGACUUUGCCUGUGGCAGCUACUCGUUCUUGCCCUGUGGGGUAAAGCCCCUGCACCGGCAAAGGCUUCAGGAACCGCAUGGGCCACGGGUCUUCUUUGCGGGAGAGCACUGCCGGAAUGAUUUUCCCUCCACGGUGCAUGGCGCAUAUCUGUCAGGCCUCCAGGCAGCCAAAGAGGUGGCCGAGCGCCGAGGUUGCAUGAACAGCUAUGAAGACGGACAUCGGUUGAGGGGUACGUGGCGAUGA